CACUAUCAAGCGCGGUAACAAAGUCCACAGACCUUCAGAUAGCCUCCGUAACUGCAGUAAAUCUGAACCAGUUGGUGAGCUGCGGACAGUCGAUCAACAUCGGCACAAACCGUGGUGAAGCAAGGUGAGCUGAGCAGGGCUUCUGUUGAUUAGACUGUCAAAGUCCGAACCACACAUCAGUCAGAUCGAGUGCUUGUGUCUACCGUAGCAAUGGAGGGAGCCCAGCGCCGUCUCUCCAGCAUACAUCAGUUCUCACCGAUGGGGCCGAAGAAGGAAGUAACCUGCCCUCUGAUAGUGGUCUCCAAUCGCCUGCCCUUCGUCUUGAACAGAAACGACGCAGGAGUGCUAGAGCGGAAACAAAGUGCCGGGGGGCUGGUGACUGCCGUGGCGCCCGUGGUGAUAGAAUGUAAAGGUCUGUGGAUCGGCUGGUCGGGCCUGCAUGAUCUCAAAAAAACAGAGAAGAUUCCUGAAGCAAAUCCCAACGACAAAGCUCCAACGUCCGGGCUACUUUCUGACCAGAUUAUACCAGUGCAUGUGGACGAAAAGGAAUUCGAGUCGUACUACAACGGGUGCUGCAAUGGAACUUUCUGGCCUCUUUUCCACUCCAUGCCUGACAGAGCAGUUUUCAAAAAAGAGACCUGGAAGGCUUACUGCCGGGUGAACAAGGAGUUCGCCAGAUGCACGAUCAAGGCGCUCCGCAAGGUCCUACAGGAGCUGGAUGCGGAAGGACGCACCAACACUUCCCCUGUUGUCUGGAUACACGACUACCAGCUGUUCACAGCCGCAACUACGAUUCGUCAGGUAUGUGAAGAAGAAAAUUUAAGAUGUAAACUUGGGUUUUUCUUACAUAUUCCCUUCCCAUCUUGGGACAUCAUGCGGUUGUUUCCAUGGGAUGAUCAAAUACUGCAAGGCAUUCUUGCCUGUGACUUUGUCGGCUUCCACAUCGAGGACUACUGCUCCAACUUCAUCGACUGCUGCAGCAGGCGCCUGGGAUGUCGUGUCGACCGCAACAACAUGCUGGCGGAGUUGGCUGGCCGCACGGUCCACAUCAAGGCUCUGCCCAUCGGGAUCCCCUUCGAGCGCUUCGUCCAGCUCGCAGAGAACGCCCCAGUGUUCAUCAAGGACACCGACAAAGUCAAAGUUAUCCUGGGAGUCGAUAGGCUGGACUACACCAAAGGUCUUGUCCACCGAAUCAGGGCGUUUGAGCGGCUGCUAGAACAAUACCCUGAACACAUUGAAAAUGUAACGCUGCUUCAGAUAGCAGUACCUUCCCGAACAAACGUAAGAGAAUACAAGCAGCUUAAGGAGGAAAUGGACCAACUGAUCGGCAGGAUUAACGGUCGGUUUUCCAAACCAAAUUGGGCCCCUAUCAGAUACAUAUAUGGCUGUAUCAGCCAGGAGCAGUUGGCAUCGUUGUACAGAGACUCCGCAGUGGCUUUAGUGACUCCCUUGAGGGACGGCAUGAACUUGGUGGCCAAGGAGUACGUAGCUUGCCAGAUAAAGGAGCCUGGAGUUCUCAUACUUUCGCCGUUCGCAGGAGCAGGGGGGAUGAUGCACGAGGCACUCUUGGUCAACCCUUACGAAAUCGACGAGUCAGCUGAAACCCUUCAUAGGGCCCUACAAAUGCCCUUCGAUGAGAGAGAACUGAGAAUGACUCAACUUCGUCAUCGGGAAGCCCAGUGCAAUGUCGCUCACUGGAUGGACUCGUUCUUGUCUUCAAUUGGAGCUAUUUUGUCUGAUGACGACGAAGAUCCGCUUGCGAACAAAAUGGGCCCUCUGACAUUGGAGGACUUUGAUUCCUACUUCUUGGACUCGAUCGAUGACGUUUGCAAGCUAAGUAUGAUUCUCGAUUAUGACGGAACAUUGGUUCCCCUGACCUCCCACCCAGACCUCGCAAUCAUGUCCGAGGAGACGAAGCGUGUGCUGGAACGUUUGGCCAACAUGCCCGAUGUGAACAUAUCUAUAAUUUCGGGUCGUAACCUCGAGAAUGUCAGCAAGAUGGUCGGAAUUGAUAAAGUAACUUACGCUGGAAGUCACGGACUCGAGAUUCUUCACCCAGACGGAACCAAGUUUAUACAUCCGGUUCCCAACGAGUACGCUGAGAAGUUACGAGAGCUCAUGCGACUGCUACAGGACGACGUGUGUCAUGACGGCGCCUGGGUAGAGAACAAAGGAGUUUUGUUGACUUUCCAUUAUCGAGAGACACCACCUUCGGCGAGGGAUGACAUCAUAAACCGAGCCAGUGAAAUCUUUAAGAAGGCCGGAUUCGAACCGCACUUUGGACACAUGGCUAUAGAAGCCAAACCACCCGUUAAAUGGGAUCAAGGCAGAGCGUCCAUUCACAUUUUAAGGACUAUGUACGGAGUGGAUUGGUCUGAAAGAGUCAGAAUCAUUUAUGCUGGCAAUGAAGAUGCUAUGCAGGCGUUGCAGGGAAUUGCGUUCACGUUCAGAGUAGACUCCUCGCCGAUGGUGCAAACCGCUGCCGAUUCCCGGUUGGCUGACCCUGACGCCGUGCUCACGAUGUUGAGAUGGGUUGAGAAGCAAAUGAACAAAAGAGCUCCGAGGGUUAUAGCUAAAUCUCCUAGACUUUCUAGGUCACCAAAGAUACAGAAAAAGAACCUAUCAGAAUCCAUCCACUCUCAAAUGAGCUUCGAAGAAGACGACGAUAAACCAAAUACAAUUCGGAUUGGAUCUCCAAGACUGUCAACUAAGUUUUAAGUGCGAGUAAAAAGUAAAAGAAGGCUUAACUUUUGUGUAAAUAAUGUUUGAUACUAUUCUUUAUAGUAUUGACGAUAAGACUUGAUUUUUAAUCUUAAUUCUGAGUAGAAUAAAAGGUUAUGAGAUAAAGAUGUAAUAAUUGGAAUAAAUAAGUUACUUUUUUAA